AUGUAUGGUCUGGCGCUGGACGGUAAGAAACACCGCUGCUCCUACUACAACAAACACAACAAGGUCCUUAGCCCGAACGCGGUGAUCAAGCGACGCGGCUACUCGAUCGCUGUGUACGGCAUGGAUAUCGGCCGUCAACAGAAGGCCUUGGCCGAGAGGAUUAGGAUUGCCAACGCCAGCCGCCUGGCCGCAACGCCCACCGAGAUUACAUAUCUCGGCUGGGUGCGGCUGUGGAAGACUAUUACCGAGAAGGGCAAGCCCUCUACGCUGAUGGUCGAACUGGAUAGUCUGAAUACGGUAAACGUCCUCCUCAGCGGGGGCUUUGUGCUCGACGUACUAUCGGAGAAACCGGGUCUCAACAGCGAUACCAUCGCCCGAACCGCCUCCGAGCCCGAGGUAAUGGUGGCUUUUAGCAAGAGCUGCCGGAAAUCGACUGUAAAGAAGCCGGAAACCGUACUGGUUCCGGCUGUGGAGGCCGAUGCUGUGAUUAAUACCGACCGCGGUAAGCAGCUGAAGUACUGCUAUGAGGAGGAUGAUCGAGAAAUUAUAGAGGUUGAUAUCCGUAGCUGUAGUUCUUCCGCGGUCCGGUACCGAUUGAGAUUUCUUAGUAUUCUUACGCUGCAGGUCCCGGGGAAAGACCGCGUUCAUAUUUAUAAUGUAUAUCGGCCCGGUAAGAGCAGUGACCAACGCGAAACCAACAAGCCCGAGCCGACGCCCGAGCCCGAAGACGAGGACCUCCGUGAGGAGAAAGAGAAUCCGGUGCUUGAACUGCUUACUGCGGCCCUGCAGGAACCGGGGGAGUAUAUGAAUCUGCCGGGGUAUAUCUAUACUGACGACGCAGCCAGCCGGCUGCUCGAUAUUACUAUCGAUAAGGAUCUGGGACUGCUCCUGCCGGAGAGAGCGGUCAUAUACGAGAAGGGCGACGCCCGUACUACUAUCGAUCUGAUAUAG